AUGGCUUGGACGCAGCAUGCUUUAGCGCCGAGGUCACCAUCGUUGUCUUUGCACAGCGCCCCUGAGCACCACGCUCUUGAUGUAGCAAUGAAGGAGAAGGACGGCCUUCAGGAACUGAAAGAGAAGAUCUUUCUGCUCUUGUGUGUGGAGGCGCAGCGCCAUUUUCAAGAGCUUCAGGCCAUUCCAGAUGCAGCAGUGGCGUCAAGAUUAUCUCGGUCCACGCAUCAGGCUGAGGAACUCUCACAAGAGAUGGCAAAUGAGCUGGAAUCUCAUCUCCACUUGUGCCAGGAGCUGACACGGACAAAGGAGGAGGCUGGCCGACUCCAUCAGUUGUGUGAGAAAGGGUUGGAAGAGCUCACAAAGAUUCAGGAGGAUUCGGAAGACGAUCACGAGGCCAAGCGUAGGGCCAAGGCAUUUGAAGAAGAGGAGGCAGCCCUGUCACAGCUCUUGGAAAUGGCGGAGGCGGAGGAAGCAGAGGUGCAGCGCUUGAAGAGCUUGAUGGACUUUGAAGAGCAGCUGGGAUUGCCAAGGAUUGAGCUGCAAGAUGAUGUGGUCACGCUGGGCCAGAGACUGGAUGAUCCUCGUUUCUCAGUGAAGGUGGAAUGGGACACCCAGGGUCGCUUGCUACUGGCAGAGCCGCACCCAUCGCUCCAUCUUCGAACAGAAGCAUCUCGAGCAGUGGAGCAAGAUGAUCUGGGCCGAUUGUUGGUCUUGGUUUGGGAUCGUGCCUCAAGGAUCGAUGACGGACGAGUCGGAGAUCAUUGA